AACGACCCCACCAAGAACCUACAAAAUCCCUUGAUACCGUCAUUCAAUUCCUUCACCACAGACCAGAAAUACAUUCUGAGGCCCUAGAGGAUCUAGCAAUCAUGGCGGACGCCAUCACCGAGCAAACGGCGAAACUCCAACUCGAUGAGGAGACGGGGGAGAUGGUCUCUAAAGGAGAAUUGAAGAAACGACUGGCCAAACGCGCAAAGAAGGCCGCUUCAGCAAAGGCAAAGGCAGACUCGCCUCCUAAAGAAAAUGUUCCCUUAAAGCCAAAAGCCGCAGAACCCAAAGCAGAGCCCAUGAAUAUGUUUGCUCAGGGCUUUCUUGACGAUGUCUAUAAGGAGCGUCCAGUAAAGCCAGUCGUCACACGAUUCCCUCCCGAACCCAACGGAUUCUUACACAUUGGUCACGCAAAGGCAAUCGCUGUCAAUUUUGGAUUUGCAAAGUACCAUGGCGGAAAGUGCUAUCUGCGAUUUGACGAUACCAAUCCGGAGGCGGAGGAGGAAAAGUACUUUACUGCGAUUAAAGAAAUGGUCAAGUGGCUAGGAUUUGAACCUUGCGCAAUCACUUAUUCCAGUGACAAUUUCCAGAAACUUUAUGAUGAAGCGGAAGAGCUCAUUAAGAAGGAGGGCGCUUAUGUGUGUCACUGUGGGGGUGAGUAGGACUCAUAAUGUGACUGAGCAAUGCUAACCACAUCGCAGAUGCUGAAAUUAAAGCCCAAAGAGGUGGAGAAGCACAUGGACCCCGAUUUAGAUGUGAACAUGCGAACCAAACUGUGGACAAGAACCUGGAGGAGUUUCGAGGAAUGCGAGAUGGGAAAUACAAACCAAGGGAGGCGUUUCUACGAAUGAAGCAAAACAUUGACGAUGGAAACCCCCAGAUGUGGGAUCUCGCUGCUUAUAGAGUCUUGGACGCCUCACAUCAUCGAACUGGAGAUACCUGGAAGAUAUACCCAACUUACGAUUUCACUCAUUGCUUAUGCGAUAGUUUCGAGGGCAUCACCCACUCACUGUGUACGACCGAAUUCAUUCUAUCGAGGGUUUCAUAUGAAUGGCUGAAUAAGAAGUUGGAAGUCUAUGAGCCAAUGCAGAGAGAGUAUGGUAGAUUGAACCUGACUGGAACCGUUCUUUCGAAACGAAAAAUUGCCAAGCUGGUCAACGAGGGUUACGUGAGAGGUUGGGAUGAUCCAAGACUGUAUACCUUGAUUGGUAUCAAAAGACGGGGUGUUCCUCCAGGAGCAAUUCUUGACUUUGUUAGCGAGCUUGGUAUUACUACUUCUCCUACCAACAUCCAAAUUGCACGAUUCGACCAGACAGUACGACGGUAUCUCGAGCGAACUGUGCCUCGGCUGAUGCUGGUUCUUGACCCUAUUCCAGUUGUAAUUGAGGAUGCAGAAGAAAUCGAGGUCGAUAUUCCAUUCUCUCCAAAGAUUCCAGCGAUGGGAAGCCACAAAGUCAAAAUGACAAAAACGGUUUACAUCGAGAGAAGCGAUUUUCGAGAAGUCGACAGUAAAGAUUACUUCCGACUUGCACCGGGAAAAUCUGUCGGACUUCUUCAAGUGCCAUACCCAAUCAAAGCGGUAUCAUUCACGAAAGACGGCGAUAAGGUUAAAGAGGUUCGUGCUGUUUACGAUAAAGAGGGGAAGAAACCAAAGACAUACAUCCACUGGGUAGCAGAGGGAUCACGAAAUGUCGAAGUCCGAAUCCACAACCAGCUUUUCAAGACCGAGAAGCCAGAAGAUGCAGAAGGCGGUUUCUUGAAUGAUAUUAAUCCUAACAGCGAAGAGAUCUGGGCUGGGGCUAUGGUUGAAUCUGGAUUUGAGGAAGUGAAGAAGAGAGCUCCUUCGCCUGAAGCUGCGGGUGAAUUGGAGCUUGGGAAGGGAGGUUUGGAAUCGGUUCGUUUCCAGGCUAUGCGUGUUGCUUAUAUGGUACGUAUUUUCAUUUUCAUUCUUUCCUUUCAACCAGGUUUUUGGGGCUAGUCUAACUUGCUAAUUAUUAUUGAUAGGCCGUUGAUUCGGAUAGUACGGAUGAGAAGAUCGUCCUGAACCGUAUCGUUAGCUUGAAAGAGGAUUCUGGGAAGUGAGAUGCAGAUAGAAUUACAUA